AUUUGCCUUGCGAUUACUGGCGACCACUUCACUGUGCUUCCCGAGUGAAGACAGGAUGGACGGAAAAUUGUUGGAUGGAUGAAUGGAUGUUACGUCCAAUAUUUUCGUUCAUCUCUGCUCGUCAGAGGCAGAGCAAUUCACUGCUCCUCCGCUAGGUGGCCGAAGGUACUUUUCAAGCGCAUCCAACUGUUGCCAUUGGAAGACCAGAAGAGCUUCCGUGUUCGACUCAACGGGACCACAUUUAAGAGGCGAUGACGGCGAGAUCAGAAUUCAAGCAACUAUUUGUGACAUUGUUCCAAUGUAAAAUAUGUGCUGGCUCGCUGAAGGUUGAGAAACGCUCCAGAAUGCAUCAAGUUUUAGUCGUGUAUGCAUUUGAGCAAAUAUAGCAGCAAACACGCACUUUGGCCCGUCCAGGGUUUUUUUUUUUUUUUCUGAAGUCCAUAUUUUGAAAUCAAUGUGAAUGUGUCAACCACCAAGAAUAACACAACCCACCGUGGGACUGCCCUUGAUUCCCACGACCCUCCUCCACACACACACGCGCGCGCGCGAGACCGCGUGCGCGCUCAUAAGCACGCAGAGCGAGGGGAGGCAGAGCAAGCUUUGCACCACUUUUGCAACAACACCGUUACUUCGGAGGAUUUAAAAAAAAAAACAAAAAAACAAAAAGGAGCUUCGCUUGAGUUCGGCAAAGGGAGCGAGGACGGGGAAAGUCUCCAUCAGAACAUGAAAAAACCCCAAAAAGAAGGUUGGAGUGCAACUGAUGCUUGUUGAGUGGAGACAAUGAUGAGCACCGAUGAGCAAACAAGUUUGAAUCGAGACGAUGACAGCCGCCGGCAGUCCCGUCAGCAGCCCCUUCUCCUCCCACUCGUCACCCGCCUGCCUCCCGGCAUGUCGCCUUAGAAAGGGCGACGCCGCCCGCACCCGACUGCACUUGCGCUCGGCCCCGGGAGCGUGGCUGAUGGUGGGCGUGGUGGUGGUGCUGGCGGGGAUGAGCGUGGCGGCGGCGGGCUACGUGUCGGCGGCGCCGAGGCCCGCGGGCGGCCGCGGCACCGGCCACGUGGACAGGAUGAAACUGGCCGGGCCCGUGGUCAUGGGGGUCGGCCUGUUCAUCUUCAUCUGCGCCGCCACCUUGCUCUACGAGAACCGGGACCGGGAGGGCCACAGGCUGGAGACGUGCGAAGACCUGGAGGACUUGAAGGGGGACCUCGGCUGGGAGGACUCGCAAGAGGAGGCCAGCUUCAGCAGUCGGGAACGGUGGGAGAUCACAGACGGGGUGACGCCUCCUCUCUCCAAACAGGACUGGACCCUCUACCCGCCUUCGCUUUCGCUUUCUGAGGCUCGCCAAAACCUCCAGGACGUCAAGGGAUCACCGCUGCCUCAUCUGGAUCACGCAGAGGACGGUGGGGCCGCGAGGGAGGGGAAGUCAACGCUUCUGGCUCAGGUUGUGCACCACGAGGAGCCAAGUCCGCACUCGUCCUCCCCCGGCCCAUCCCUUCCUCACUCCUCCGCCUUCCCCGACGACUGCGGCGAGAUUGACUUUCGGCCGCGCACUCCCUGAGCUUAGAAAACGUUUGGACACACCAAACACGUUUGUCUUGCGCUCAAUGUUUCAGCGCCUCACAUUUGCUGACGUGUGGAACUCACCAAGCCAGAACCCGGCGCGUUCACGUCAAAAGUAAACAAAUAGACAAUGCUUAGACGCGUUGUGUAAUAUUAAAAUGUUCAUUUUCAAAUCCAGUUGGUGGAGAUGCCAAGA